CUGGUAGGUCGAUGUUGUGUGAGUGCAUUGGUCUUUCAAGACUAUCGUGCAUGUGCAGUUUUACAAGUUACAACGAAAUAAAAUUGCUAAUGAUUAGUCUUCGGUUUAGAUAAAUUAGUGCAACUUCUUAGCCGCUUAUUGGAAUAUUUUCAACUCAAUGAGACCAGCAACCGACUUCAAAUUAAGGUUGGUUGACCAUAACGGUCCUAUAAUCUUCACCUAGAGCCCCAGGCUGCGGAUACUCACCAACCAAGGCCCAUCCUUAAAACCUUUGAUAUUUUGCAACCGAAACAAUGAUCGAUUAGCAAGUUACAUAACGGCAGAAUGGACAUCAAAUGUUACUAUCAUAGGUUGUGGCAAAAUAUUUAGAUCAUGCAAGAAGUAAAAAUCGUCGCCACUUUUGUGGCUCUAAUCACCCUAGCUUCAGCUCAAUGCCCUUGGCAACGAGAAUCCAUCGACCUGCAAUCCUCAUGUCUGUGUUCCUACAAUUUAGGACACGAACUUUCAGUGCAAUGUGACAUGGUGGACUGGCCAAAACUUCUUACAGCUUUACAAAAAUACGCCACAUCGACUCCACUUGAUUUACUCUACGUGAAUAACUCCACGAUUGGUGCUUUAAAUGACAAUAUUUUCGUGAACCUUCGAGUGCACAAUUUACAAUUAUCGGGGUGUAAAAUAAACAGUGUGGGGGGUGGUACUUUCAAAGGACUGGAACAACACUUGAAGAACUUGAAUCUGCAAGAUAAUGACUUAACCGAAGUGCCAGUUGAAAGUUUGAGGCCCUUGAGGACUUUAUCACUUUUGGAUUUGUCUCAUAAUAGGAUUAGUGUGGUUCCUGAUGGUGCUUUCGAGACUUUAAAAAAAUUAGCUACUUUGAAAUUAUCAGAUAAUAAUGUUACGUUAUCGUUGGAAGCGUUAAAGGGGCUCGAAGGCUCCCUAAAAAAUUUAAAUUUAAAAGGAACGCGUCAGAAAGAUAUCCCCGAAGCUGUGAAAAAUCUAAGAACUUUAGCGUUUCUGGAUUUAUCUCAAAAUAGUUUGAGGGAACUUCCAGGAAUGACAGGACUAAAAUCAUUCGAAGGUUUGGACUCACUCACCGCGCUUAAUCUUGAGAGAAAUUUAAUACAGAAAUUGGACAAAAAUGCGUUUCAAGGUGUAGAAAAAACCCUCAGUUCGCUGAGUUUACUCAACAAUUUACUCCCUGAUUUUCCGACUGAAGCUUUAAGUGUUUUGUCUGAAUUGCGAGUCUUGGAUAUCGGAUUCAAUUUACUAACCGAAUUGCCAGAUAAAGCCUUUCAAGGCAAUCCUUCGAUCACACUGUUAGCUCUGGACGGAAAUCCGUUAGCCACCAUCCCAUUUUCGGCUUUGUCUCACUUAAACAAUACUCUUCGAGGUCUCAGUUUAGGUGGGCGAUUUUUACACUGCGAUUGUCGACUAGCUUGGGUCAUCGAUUGGAUAAGAAACGGCGAUUUACAAGUAACUAGUCGUGAACGUAACCCUCAAUUUUGUGGCAGUCCUCCACGGUUCAGAGACCGCGGUUUCUAUAGCAUUCAACCCGAAGAAUUGUCUUGUAAAAAAGAGGAAGGAGUGGGAAUUGCUACGGUUGUCAGUGCCGAUUUGGACGAUGUUUCAAUUGCGGACUCUGAACAACCACCGAAAACGACAACAAAAGAACCAACAACGAGGAAAACAACCAUCACGACUAGCACCAUAUCGACAACAACAACAAAAACAACGUCUUCGGCCACGACGAAAUCGAAAGUUAGGACAACAUCGCCACCGUGGAAAAACACACAGAGACCUCCCCUCAUUAUGAAUUAUCCUACGAAAACGAAAAUUGACGACUCGAAUGAUGUUAUAGUCAAAAACGCAUUCCGGCAAGAUAACUCAGUGAUAAUCCAAUGGGGAUCAGAAACUGCCAAUAUUUUGGGUUUCAGAGUUGUGUAUCGACUAUUUGGAGAUAAAAGUUUCAAACAAGGACCUCCUCUAGAGGCCAGUGAGAGAGAAUUCAAGAUUAAAAAUGUGCCAUCGCAGGAAUGUAUCAUAGUCUGCGUGGUCUCUUUGGAAGAGAUUAACGUCACACCCGAAACCGUUCCAUAUUCACAAUGUCGUGAAGUGAGAACAGUUUCAACCGCUUCUUCCAACAUGGAUAAAAUCACAAUAGCUGCAAGUGCAGCAAUUUGUGGCACUAUUGUAGUUGCUGUGGUCAUAUUCGUGGCAGCUUCCCGAAGAAGAACGCGAAAAAUGCACGAAUUACACCAACAAAAAAUCGGGAUGAAAAAUGGAUUGCCCAUAAGUGGGUUACCAGUUAACUGUUGCACUGGUUUAGGACCUGCUGCUAGUCCAGGAGGACCACUAUCGUCGUUGGCUACACUUAGUGCGUUCAACAAUAACAAAGACUGGGACCAAGUUUCAGGCUAUAGCACUCACAGCGUCCAAAGACACAAUCGAAUGUACUCCUUGGACCAGCCUUCCACUUUAAUGGCAGACGACAUGCGUUCACAUUUCAGUACAAAAGGCACCAAAUCGCGCUCAAUAGCAGACGGACAAUCCCAGAACAGUUUCUCGAAUCAUUCCGGACGCUACUUGAACGCAUUUCCCAGUAACUUAAUAACUUCGCGUCAAGAUUUGCGCCAAUCAAGACAGUCUUUAACCAUGCAAUCGGAUAGAUUAUCGACUCGUGGACCUAGUCACCAUGGACCCACCCAUUCCGUGGCGUCCUCCCGACGCUCCAGACCCAGAUCCCGAUCCCGGGAUUACAACAGACCAAGUAGCCGUUACAGCACAGCUGGAUCGACUCACACUUUAAAUAAUUAUUGCGACAAUUCCGAUAACUGGACUGACCACGAUAUGGACAUUUACAUGGCGAGGAACCCCACCACCAGAAACGGUCUUGUGCCGCUCUGAUUUAGUUGCUCAAUGGUUAUGUGUUCGCUAACAAUGAUUCAAAAAGGCUGUUAUUUGAUUCAAAACAAUUGUAAACAGCACGACUGAUAGUAGGAUCAGUUAACAAUUAGAUUAAAUAGUUAUUAAUACUGUUUAGGAAUAAAUAAUAUUAAAGUAUUUUUAUAUUUAAACGAUAUUUCUCUAUUUAUAUUGACGGAAGUAUGACUUUAUUUUGUAUAUAACUUUGCAAAAAUAAAUCAAUUUUCUAAAUGACUUA